AUGACUGCCAAAAAUAUAUUGCUAUUUAAAGAACUGGAGGGAAAGUUGGUAGAGAAUGGAAUCUGUAAAAUAAUAAGUAAACCAUGGGAUGGUAUUGCAACUCCAGUGGAGCUGUUAAAAGUAUUGAAAGAGAUUGGGAAAGCCCUGGUAAAUAACAUUUUCAUCUCGGAAGUCAAAUUCUCUUUCUUCGUGAUUGCAGUCAAUAGUGGAAAUCUGAAAGAUAUGUUGCCUAAGUGCCUAUCGGAACUCAUUCCUAGUGCAUCUUAUAUGACAACUUUAGUAAAACAAAUUCCCAAAUUUGACCUCCUGCGCUCAUAUAUAGAAGAACAAAAGAACUACCAAUGCUGUGAAAAGUUGCCAGUUCUAAUACUCCAUUGGGUAUUAGUUCAACGUAAUAUUCCAAUUUUAACAAAACUAGAAACGCAAGAAGUUAUUGAAAAACUUAUAAAUAAUCAAGAAAAUCCACAUAUACCGACACAUGUUAUAUAUGCAAAUUACGGAGAAAAUCCAGACGAAAAAGAUUUUCAGCUUAAAAGGUUUAUUUAUACCACUAGAUUUGGAUUUUACUCUACUUCACCUAACAAUUGGUUUAAACUGCUUUAUGAAGGGUUCAAGUCGAACGAGGAGCACGCAAAUGCAAUUAAAAAUAUAUGCAUAGUAAAUGAUAUUGGCACCGCACUAGCAAUGACUCCCACUUCAACAUUUUGGAAGAAGUCCUGUUGCGGCAAUGCCUUUAAAGUAAUCGCUGCCUGUGAGUUCUUAUUUCGUCGUGAGUUUUUAGAAUUAACUGUUGAUGCAACAAUUAAUGGUCCGUAUAUUCUUGUUAAAAAUCUUGACAUAGUUCGCUUACGUUAUCUCAUGCUAUAUAGUGAAGACAUUCCAGCAAUUACUCCAAAAGAAGAGCUCAUUAAACAGCCAAUCGUAACCAAUUAUUAUAUCUUACCAGUCGGAUGUGUGGUGCUUUUACUAGCCACUACAGGUUUAAUUUGGAAGUAUCGAAUUUACAAGAAUGUCAAAUAUGCUUAUGUGGUGCUUGCAGCGAAUGCUACACGUGAACAAUUGAAAAUGAUUUUUUCUUAUGUCGGAGAGAAGUGGAAUGGUAUAACUGGCAUUUGUUCUCGCCAGAUCAGUUCUUUAUUUCACUAA